CCCACACAGGUCAUCUGCUUCAAUGCCAGGGAUCUGGACUUCCCUACAUAGAAAUGGAUAUCGAUGCCGCACCUCCAACGUGGAGCAGCUGGUGGCGCCAGUGUGGAGCCUAAUUGCCGCGUUAAAAUCCGCGUGCAGCACAAAGAACCUCGAGUUUGGGAAGCGAGUCCAUGCCACAAGUGAGGGGACGCAGCUCUUCGCCUCCAACAUCUACGCCGCCAACACCCUUGUCAGCAUGUAUGCCAAGUGCAGCAGUGACAUGGCCGAUGCGCAAGCGGCGUUUGAUGCCAUAGCCGAGCAGGAGCGCGACGUUAUCUCAUGGACCGCACUCGUGCUGGGAUAUGCAUCCAAAGGCAUGGGCCGUGUGGCCUUGGACCUCUUCCAACGCAUGCAGCUGGAAGGCGGCUGCGAACCCGAUGCCCGGAGCUACACUGCGGCUUUGAUGGCAGUGACCAGCCUAGCACGCGACGACGUUACUUGCAAAAGGUUGUGGCUCGACAUCGGCAGAGACCUUCACGUCCAGUCCGUUACCAGCGGAUCAUGUGGCUCGGACGUGUUUGUGGCGAGUGCCCUUGUGGACAUGUAUGCAAAGUGUGGGAGCAUGACGGAUGCCCGAGCUGUGUUUGACGCAAUGCCGCACCACGAUCGCGACGUUGUCACCUGGACGGCCUUGAUCCUGGGAUAUGUGGACAACGGGCAGCCUGCUCAAGCUCUACACGCAUUUGCUCAGAUGCAUGAUCCGAGUGCUCUGACUUUCGUGGCGGCGCUCAAGGCCUGUGGCAGCCUGGGGGACCUCCACCGCGGGAUGCUUAUUCACUCUCAAGUUGCCAAGACUGGUUUGGAUUCCAAGGACACGUUUGUCGGGGGCAGCUUGGUUGACAUGUACGUUAAAUGCGGCAGCCUUGCAGAUGCGUGGGAAACAUUCCACAAGAUGCAGCGCCGCGAUGUCGUGUGCUGGACGAGCAUCAUCCUGGGCUAUGCAGAAACUGGAGAUUACAAGGUCGCAUUCAGCCUGUUUGCAUGGAUGCAGCUCGAGGGUUGUCAACCGGACGCCCGAUGCUUUGUCGCUGCGCUGACGGCAUGCUCUAGACUGGCAGCCGUGGAGGAAGCACAACCAGCCUGCGUGGUCUCGGAUGGCAAGCAUGGCUAUCUUGGAGAUGGUGGUCUAAAGCCUUCAACUCUGAAGUUGAAGGCUUUAGAGAGAGGGAUGGGGCUCCACUCCCAAGCCUGGCAAUGCGGCCACGACGGAGAUAUGUUCGUUGCAAACGCGCUUGUGGAUCUCUACUCCAACUGCGGAAGCCUUUUAGAUGCUCGCGGGACGUUCGACAGGAUGUUCCACCGUGACGUGGUGUCGUGGAAUGCCUUGCUCCUGGGAUGCGCGGAGAAUGGACAGGAGCUAUUGGCUCUGGAUCUGUUUGCGUGUAUGAGGCACGAAGGUUGCAAGCCGGAUGCUCGAACACACGUAGCUCUUCUCGUAGCAUGCGGCAAUGCAGCUAUCAGCUAUGGGAGGGAAAUACACGCAGAGACAUGCCGGAGUGGCCUCGAGGUCGAGGCAUUCGUUGCAAGCUGCUUGGUCGGGUUCUAUGGUAAAUGUGGGAGCAUCGGCAAUGCCGUGCGUGUGUUUGAGACGCUAGACAGUGUGAGCCUGGUUACAUGGAACGCGCUCAUGGCUGCUUGCAGCUGCAACUGUGGCUCUAAGCUCGAGCAACAAGUCACAGUGUUCACCCUGUUUGAAAGGAUGCAAGCUCAGGGUGUAAAGCCAGACGGUGUCACUUUCCUGUGUGUGCUCACCGCGUGCAACCAUGAAGGUCUAGUAGACAGAGGCAUGGCCUGCUUCGAGUCCAUGUCCUCUAAGCACGGCCUCGGCCCAGCCAUUCAGCACUACCACUGCAUGAUUGACAUGCUUGGGCGAAUGAACCAGCUGCAUGCCGCCUUGGACUUGGCUAAGACGAUGCCUGUAGAGAAAACAUUGGUGACCUGGACCAUACUGCUGGAUGCAUGCAAGAAGUGGAAGAACUUGGCAGUGGCACAAGAGGCAUUUGAGUCACUACUCAAGCUUCCUGGCGGGAACUUGCAAGCGUCCGCAUACGUUGUCAUGGCAGGAUUGUAUGGAAGCCUGGGCAUGUGGCAGGAGCAGUCUAAAGUGCUAGCCAUGGCUGUCAAGUGACGAUCGAAUUCCAUCACAAUGAGUAU